AAUGAAGGGGAUAGCGAGGCCUUUUGUAUAUUGGCCUGGCAUCGACAAGGAUAUUGAGAGUGUCGCAAGAAGCUGUGUCGAUUGUUCGGAAUGUGCAAAUGUACCACCAAAAGCCCGAGACCAUCAUUGGCACUACCUAAAGGAACCAUGGGAGCGAAUUCAUGUGGAUUAUGCGGGACCAUUCUUAGGGUCUAUAUUACUGAUUGUAACUGAUGCGUACAGUAAGUGGAUUGAAGUAAAGUGACCGACAACGGCACAUGUUUUGCAACAGUACAAACAGUGAAGAAUACUUUAAAAACGGGGCGAGUAAGAAUUAUCUACAAAAACACCUCAAUAUUUUCCCUCGCUAUUAUAGAAUUGCUCCCUUCCAUGCGACAACUGGUAAACCCCCAUCUCUUCUAUUCAUGGGGCUUACAAUUACCUGGUGAACUGUUUUUAAAAAUAGGUGACAAGCAAAACAUGAAAUUGGAGCCCUUAUUUCGAACCGUUGCGCCAGUGCAAAAUGUAUAUUUCCGGUCCUAUGGUACGCACGACCCUAAGUUUGGUUUUAAAUCGUUUGGAGGAUUUGCACUAUGAAACUCUAUAUAAGGAAAAACGUAUGAGCGACACAUCGACCAAACGAUAUGGAUAUGAAUAUGGCGAACGAAACUAAACUUAGUACUGAAACCGUGAAGCGUAGAAAAAGAUCUCAAUUCAAUGGGCAUUCAUUGCCACAUCAAACUGCCGAUAACUCGUUCACUGACUCAACAAGCUUCUCAACACCCCAAGGAGAUCUCACAAAUACUCCGAACACAACUAUGAAUGACUAUUCGGCUCCACAAUCGUAUUUCCUUGGGUUUGGUCCACAGGGAGAUAAUGAUGAGAAUGCAGGCGAACGUGACUUAGAUUCUUUCGGAAAUUCAAAAGAACCCGUAAGUGCUGAUUAAGAGUAGAUACUGCAGGACCGUAGGUCAUUCAUGCUUCCGAAAAGGAAAGUAGUAUUCUCACCGUAAUCGUCCACAUGAGUGGGAAGAAAUGUUAAAUAUUAAUCUGGCAUCACCCUUUGCUUGCUCAAAUUAUUAAACUCUCUGUAAUUUGUUUUUAUAUGCCGCCAUUUUAAUGAUUCUAGAAAAGUAUUAUUGUAGAACAAACCUUUAUAUAAAACGUUUGCAUAAACUCAUUCUAUAAAGUAUUGCUCAUAUUUUUAUUUAAGGACACAACAGUUGUCUUAUUAAUGCAUAUAAAGAAAAUAACACCGACAAAAAUAAAACAAUCCGUAACAGCUGUUUUAUCAAAAUAAUGGUUUUUCGGUGCGGUGAGUUAUUUUAGUUUGCAAAUAUGUGUUUUUGCAUCGUCAAAUUUGUCAAAGAAAAUCGGCAUUUAUCCGCAUUUUUAUUUUAAAAAUCGGAAAAUUAUCGGUAAUUAAAAGUAGGAUACCCUACAUCAUUGAGUAUGUUAAACACUGAGCAAUAAGAAGUGAAACGCUGUCAUU